AUGGCCGGAGGCAAGGGUAAAUCGUCCGGCGGCAAGAGCUCCGGCGGCAAGACGUCGGGCGUCGACGGCCCAAAGAAGCAGCAGAGCCACUCGGCCCGCGCUGGUCUUCAGUUCCCCUGCGGUCGUGUCAAGCGUUUCCUCAAGAACAACACCCAGAACAAGAUGCGCGUGGGCGCAAAGGCUGCCGUCUACGUCACAGCUGUUCUCGAGUACUUGACCGCCGAAGUCCUCGAGCUUGCAGGCAACGCCGCCAAGGAUCUCAAGGUCAAGCGCAUCACGCCACGCCACCUGCAACUCGCCAUCCGCGGUGACGAGGAGCUCGACACCCUGAUCAGAGCCACCAUCGCCUAUGGUGGUGUGCUGCCACACAUCAACCGCGCGCUGCUGCUCAAGGUGGAGCAGAAGAAGAAGAACAAGCAGCCCGAGGCAUAG